AUGAGGCUGCUCCAGUCGCAAAUACGCGCAGCUGCAAGAUGGAAACAUUCGCACAUUAGAACAAUAUCCACCGCCAUCCACCAACCCGAUCGUGUUCCGUGGAACACGCUGGUGUCCAAUUUGCAGUAUGACCCCCUGAUCGCGUGUAAAAAUGGCAGAGCAAACCUCAAGUUUCGGUUUCAGCAUAAGCAGGGUAUAUCGCUCAACUACUUUGUCGAUUCUUUGAUCCAGUUUAUCAACGAGCAGGCAGAUGAACUGCGCCGCACGUUUCCAGAAAACUACGAAAUUCCAUCAUCUGAUGAUGUAGUAAUCAGCGAUGAAGUGGUCAUGAGAAUCUUACCUCUCGUCCAUGCCUGGCGGUCGCAUUGCUGGAACGGAAUCUCGGACAAGCACGAAAUGGGGAUCAUGAACGAGACCAUCGAGUCGGAGCUAUGUUUGCAUGCAGAGCAUGACAAGGAAUGCAAGUGUGCAUUGCCUCUGAAGGAGAGAAAGAUGGCGGCGUUCCUCAGACAGUACGAGGAAAACGAUUGUUACUGCUUCAUGCAAGUAAACGGCGAGGCCUUUUUCAACCUUGAGAUCACCAAAACUCUUCUGAUACAGGGAGAAAUCGAGACCAUUUUGAACAUCUUUUUACACCCGAAUGUUGACUAUUCCGAAUGGUGGAACCAGGCAGAAUGCCAUUGCAAUGCGUGCGAGUUCAACAUUGGGUUGGAUCAAAUCUACAACAUGGCUUUGAGAUCAUACAUUACUCUCAAUGCACUUCUUCAUUUCUCCCAGCUGUUGGACCAUGCAUUAUCUCAUUCAGAAGAUGCCAACGACUACCGGCGACUAUUCGCCUACCAAAAGAUGAUCAGGGAAACCACGAAAACAAACCCGACGACAGAGGUGGCUACAUAUCCGCACAGGCAAUUCUUUGGUAUUGCGCAGCCCCAGCUUCACGAUUCAACUGAGCUAAGGGAGACAACAAGAUCGACGGAACCCGCGAAGUCUGAGAAGCCCCUAGAAGUAGUGGGAGUACCUCGUGGACUGGUUGUGCCUCACGAUCCAUUUCAUCCUGAUAACUUGGAAGAGCUGCGCCUGUAUCUCGAGAAUUGCUGGAAGCUGAUUCUGAGAUGUGUCAUACUAGACCGAGCGCAGGAUCUUAGCUUUGGAGACGAGAUUGACACGAUCACUAAGCUCGUGAACGAUCUGGGCUCAUGUGGCUGUUGCGGGGGCACGAGUGCUAUGAAAUACGGGCCAUAUGGAGGGAAAUCACAAAGAUGGAUGCAUAGAUUCGUUUAA